AUGCUAACGAGCUCGACGUUGCACCUACCUGGCCAGGAAUCGUUGGACCACGAAGGCGACGAAUCCGAGGACGAAAUGGACGACGACGUGCCGUGGAGGUCGCCCAGCGAGAAGAUAGCAAUCGUCAGAUCGAAAACUUCGCUGAACCCGAUCAUCCUCUUGCUGGAACGGCCGCCGGAAAUCGCGUUCCUAGAUGCGGUGUCCUACUUCCCUCUGGUUUAUUGGAUGCGGGGAACCAUCGACUGUUUGGACGACCUCCUCCGCGCUGGUAUUACCCUCGCGGAGAACGUAGUGGUUGUUAAUAAAGAACUUAGCAAUUCUGCCGAGGAGGACACACUGGCCGAUUGUAAUACCAUCGUUGCGGUUCAAACUAUGUUCAAGUAAGCUCUAUUUAAAUAU